AUGGGGAGGAAGAAGAAGACCACUGCUCCGGUAACUUCUCCGGUGGCUUUGGAAGAUGAUUCUCGUGUGAUUUCACCUACACAUGACGUGAUUCAAGGAUGUUCUGAUGCUCGAAAUGGAAACCCAGAUAGCUCGUGUUUUGCGAUGAAUGACGAUGAUGAUGAACUCAUUCACUCAGAUCUAGUGCAUCAUUCUGCUGGUAUGAUACCUAAGAAACUUCAUAGAGUUAUUAUUGCACUAAAUCGUGAGCUAGGUUUAACUUGGAAUGGGCGAUUGAAAGAUAAAAACUGUACAGACUCUGUUAUUUUGAACUCCCUUGUAAAUGACCAUGUUGUGGCUGAAUCAAACACUGCAAUCCCUAAUACUAGCAAUAUUAGUGUUUAUGAGAGUGUAGAACCAGUGGUUAAUCUACCUGUUGAUGCUUGGAAGAACUUGUUUGUUGGUUCGAAAAUGGCAUCGAAAGGGGCUGAACUUGGCUUUAUUAGUGCUCUUGUUAAAGAUGGUAGGAAGGUAGCUCAACUCCAGCAGAAGGAGUUGGAUUCCAUGGCUGACAAGUGGCAGGCUGCGAUUGUUAUGUAUGUGGUGGGUGAAUCCCCAAUUAUUGCCUCUGUCAAGAGGUUUAUGGCUGAAGUGUGGAAUAAUGUGGCUCAACCACAGCCUUGGGUAGCAGAUUUCAACUUCUAUGAAGAAGCUCUCAAGGUUAUUCCACUGUGGGUAAAAUUUCCUAAUCUUCCCCUCAACUGUUGGGGUAGUGAUUCUCUAAGCAGGAUUAGUAGCUUGUUGGGGGUUCCUUUAUUUGCAGAUGGGUGCACAACCAGACAAGAAAGGGUCUCAUUUACUAGAGUUUUGAUUGAAAUGGAUGUUACCAACCCACUGCCUGAUCAUGUAUGGAUAGAGGAUGCCACUGGGAAAGCUUUUAAGCAACCAGUGAUCUAUGAUUGGAAGACACAAUUCUGUAAGAUAUGCAAUGUAGUGGGGCACGACUGUGAUAAAGUCCAGAAAACUCAGCCUGCUAAACCAGCUGUUAAGAAAGUUUGGGUUCCAAAGCAGGUGCAACAAGUGUCACAACCUCAAACUGGAAGUACCACUACACAAACACCACCUCACACUCAAGUAGUCCCACAAGCCAGUGGGAAUAUUGAUUGGAAGAUUGUAACCAGAAGAACCAAGGGUCCUUCUAGAAUGAGGAACAUGAGUCCUAGUAACCCAUUCACAGUUCUCUCAGGUGACUUGGGCUUCAAGGAAAUCUCUGAUGGUGAUAUUGCAGGAGCUGGGGGUGAUCAUACUGUUCUUCAAGAAUCUAACCAUGAAGAAGCUUUGAUUGAAACUAGAGUUAAGGAGACAAAAUUUAAGCAAAUUUCUAGUAAGUUUGGUAGAUACUGGAAUUGGGGAGAGAAUUAUAAAGAUAACCCUAGAGGCAAGAUCUGGUUAGUUUGGCAACAACUUGAGAUUCAAGCUAGUGUGGGAACUUACCCAUGGCUCUUGUCAGGUGACUUUAACACCAUCUUGUCUGAUGGUGAUAGAAUAAAUGGAGGUCCUGUUACAGCUGCUGAAAUUUGUGAUUUUAACAACUUUGUUGUUUCAGCUGGUCUUUGUACUUUGCAAAGUGUUGGGGGUUAUUUUUCAUGGCAUAAAGGUUCUGGUGUGGGCAAAGUAGCAAGCAGAAUUGAUUGGUGCUUGGGUAACCCUGCAUGGGUGAUGAAGUUUAGUGGAGUGCCUGUGCAGUAUCUAAACUUUUCUAUUUCUGAUCAUGUGCCCCUAAUGGUUACUUGUUUUCCUGAUGUACCUGAGGGGGGUAAACCAUUUAGAUUUAUGAAUUUCCUUGCUGAUCAUACUCAGUUUGAGCCUUUGGUGAAAACAGUUUGGGAAUCUCCUGGUAUAGGAUCAUGCAUGUUCCAACUUUGGUGUAAGCUGAAACAAGUGAAGUGUAAACUGAAAAACCUCCAUAGGGAGGAAUUUGCUGGUAUUUCUGAGAAUAUUGAUAAGGCUAGGUCUUUGCUGGCCUCUGUACAACAGGACUUGGUUACUUCUCCUACUCCUGAGUUGCAUCUGCAAGAAACUGAAUGUAUAGCUGAAUUAAGGAAGUGGCUCAAGGUAGAUGAGAUUUCUUUAAGGCAAAAUUCCAGAAUCCAGUGGCUGCAGGUGGGGGAUUCUAAUCAUCACUACUUCUUCUCCUCUCUAAAAGAAAGGAACAGGAUAAAUAGGAUUUCAAUCCUCUAUGAUGCUAUUGGCAACAAGCUAGUUGAUGCUGAUGCUAUUCAGAAGGAAAUCACUUCUUUCUAUAAAUCUUUGCUUGGUUCUUCUGCUCAUUCUUUCCCAUUCUGUGCACUUGCCUACUUUGAGGAAAGGGUUACUAAUGAUGAAAUUGAUCAAGCCCUGAAGUCUAUUGGAGAUGAUAAAGCUCCUGGUUUGGAUGGACUUAAUGCAGUAUUCUUUAAGAAGUCUUGGCAUAUUAUCAAGGAAGAUGUUUAUAAAGCAGUUAAGGAGUAG